AUGGCUUCCAUAUUUUCUAACGUUAUCGUUCUCUUCGUGUUAGCGUGUAUGUCAACUCUAAGCUCGGCUAACUCGGGUUGGUUUGGGGCUCGUAAUACCACUUUUCCUUUCAGUUCUAGGCAUAAACGUCCACGGUUCCCGCCACCACCAUCACGAUGGUUGCCACAACCACCAUGGAGGCAUUUGCCACAACCACCAUGGAGACGGCUGCCACCAUCACCAUCACGACCACGAAAACCUCGAACACCACCAUCACGACCACGACAACCUCGAACACCACCAUCACGACCACGACAACCUCGAACACCACCACCACCACGAUGGUUUCCACCACUACCACCACGGCCUCGAACACAAAAUCCAAGAAAGAUUAUAGUGGGUGGUUCUAAAUAUUGGCGUCUUGGGUUUGACUAUAAUGAUUGGAUACUUAAGAACGGUCCAUUUUAUCUAAACGAUAUUCUAGUGUUCAAAUACGAUCCUCCGAACCCUUCAACUCCUCCUCAUAAUGUUUAUUUGCUACCAAACAUGCAAAGCUUGAACAAGUGUGAUUUUAGAAGGGCUAAAUUGGUGGCAAAUUCAACACAAGGAAGUGGAAAUGGGUUUAAUUUUGUUCUUAAACAACAAAAAGCUUACUACUUUGCUUGUGGAGAGGGCAAUGGCUUCCAUUGCAACCUUGGAUCCAUGAAGUUCUCUAUAACCCCACAAUCAAGGCGUCUACCAUCACCGCCACCACCAUCAACACGACCACGAAUACCUCCACCAAGACAGGUGCCACCACCAUCAAAACGACCACGAAUACCUCCACCAAGACAUGUGCCACCACCAUCAAAACGACCACGAAUACCUCCACCAAGACAUGUGCCACCACCGUCACCACCACCACCAUCAAAACGACCACGAAUACCUCCACCAAGACAGGUGCCACCACCGUCACCACCACCACCAUCAAAACGACCACGAAUACCUCCACCAAGACAGGUGCCACCACCGUCACCACCACCACCAUCAAAACGACCACGAAUACCUCCACCAAGACAGGUGCCACCACCGUCACCACCACCACCAUCAAAACGACCACGAAUACCUCCACCAAGACAGGUGCCACCACCGUCACCACCACCACCAUCAAAACAACCACGAAUACCUCCACCAAGACAGGUGCCACCACCGUCACCACCACCACCAUCAAAACAACCACGAAUACCUCCACCAAGACAGAUGCCACCAUCGCCAUCUCCACCAUCACCAUCACCAUCACCAUCACCAUCACCAUCACCGAAUCCACAAAUUCCAAGAAAAAUCAUCGUAGGUGGAUCAGAACGAUGGCGUCUUGGGUUUGACUAUAAUGAUUGGGCACUUAAAAACGGACCAUUUUAUCUCAACGAUAUUCUAGUAUUCAAAUACGAUCGUACCCAUAGCGUUUAUUUGCUACCAAACAUGCAAAGCUUGGUGGAUUGUGACUUUGGAACAGCCAAAAUGGUAGCAAAUUUAACACAAGGAAGUGGAGAUGGGUUUGAAUUUGUACUCAACCACCAAAAUCCUUACUACUUUGCUUGCGGUGAAGGCAAUGGCUUCCAUUGCAAACUUGGAUCCAUGAAGUUCUCUCUAACACCAAUAGCUCAAGCUUGAUAUCAGUGGUUUCUUCCCAGCCACUUCUUACAAUAUAUUUAACCUAAUCCACGUGUUAGGCUAGAUAAAAUGCUCGUCAAUAAGUGUCUUGUUUUUA